CUGGGGGGAAGGGAGGGAGCCAGUGGAACUUAUAAUUGCUACACUUUACCCCUUACAUCGCGAAUUGUGACGUUCCUCGGCUACUUUGUACAUUCGCUUUCUUUUAGUCGGAAACAAAUCCCACUUUAAAGGCACAGACUCACAGCCGCAUUACUUCUGUUGGCAGAUGCUUAAUAUGAAGUAGUUCAGGGAAUAAAAACAUGGAGCCUGCAAUCAAAUUAAAGCCUGGUAGGGUGUCUCCAAGUGGGACGUUCGCCAGAAAGUUUGGGAUUAUAUGGAAGCAAACAAUUUGGCAAACUUCCCAAGACCCGUUCAUCACAGAAUUCCUAAUUUCAAGGGAGCUGCCCAGGCUGCAAGAAAUUUGCCAAAUUUGCAAGAGUUCAAAAACGCAAGGAUCAUCAAAGUUAAUCCCGACAAACCACAGGAAAAUGUCCGUUUGCUCACACUUGAAGCCAGAAAGACAUUGUUGGUUCCAACUCCUCGCCUCAGGACUGGACUGUUCAACAAAAUCAUCCCACCCCCUGGGGCGUCGAAGGAGGUGGUGCGUGUGUGUUCUACUGCUCAGGGAGUAAAAGAUUUCAGCGUACCUAUUGGACUUGAUGCAAACAUUCAUGUGGACCUGGUUGUAGUAGGAUCUGUGGCUGUAUCAGACAAAGGCUGGAGAAUUGGAAAAGGCGAGGGCUUUGCUGACCUGGAAUAUGCAAUGAUGGUAUCGAUGGGAGCAGUUGAUGAGAACACAGUUGUUGUCACCACAGUGCAUGACUGUCAGUUGCUUGAUAUCCCAGAAGAGCUAAUGGACAACCAUGAUCUAACUGUAGACUACAUCCUUACACCUACUCGAGUGAUAAAAACAAACUGCAGCUGUUCCAAGCCUCAAGGAAUUAUAUGGUCGAAGGUGGAUUCGGAGAUGAUGGAAAAAAUUCCAAUCCUUAAAAGCCUUCAAUUCAGGGAACGAAAAGCAGGAAAGGAUGUUGCUCUGAAGGAUGAAAUGCACACAGAGAAGAAAGAACUCCACAGUCUGUUAGAUCAAAGAAUGUCGUCAGGGAAAGGGGGAAGUGCAAUCAAGGUUAAAACUAACACAAUGGAAAUGGCCAGAAAUACUGAAGCUAGUGAAGAACAAAUAGAAUCUAGCUGUCAAAAGCAGCUUAAUGCUCCAACCAGAGUUACUGCAGUUUAUAUGGGUAACCUACCUCGUAGCCUGAGAGUCAGUGAAUUAAAGAAUAUCUUAAGAGAGCACAAUGCAGUUCCAUUGCGUCUGAGUUGGCAGGGUGCCCAGCACAGGGUUUUUCUUGAUUAUAAGGAUGAGGUCACUGCAGGAGAAGCUGUAACCUCCCUGACUGGGCUAAGUAUAAGUGGGAAUAUAAUUAAAGUUGAACUUGCCAAGAGUCAAAGAGGCAAUAGAUCUAAACAUCAAAACACUGAAAAAAACAAGCAGCCAAUAAUCUGAUUCUAAACCAAAAAUGUCAGCAGCAAAUUUCACACAUGUAAUUAUGUUUUAGAAGAAUUGAUCAUAUCGAGAAGUGCAAGGUGCAACAGAGGCAGCUUAUUAAUAAUUUUAUUUUGCAUAUAGUGCCUCAUUUGGACACGAAAGACCAGUUGAACAACCUGAAAGAAUACACAUUCGUGAACAGCCAAUGAAAUUAGGAAAGUUUGAAAAGUGUCUAUUCUGCUGUGGUACAGAUAUUAUUGACCAGAUACUGCUAUCUGUAUGUGAUAGCUGACAUAACAUGAUUACAUCUAUAAAUAUUAGAAAGCACAUUAAGUACUGCAGGGCCUCUUGUGGUAGUGUCCCUACCUUUGGUCCAGGCAAUCAGGUUCAAGUCAUACCUGCUCCAGAUGUGGGACGUAACAUUUCUGAACAGACUGAUUGAAAAUAUCUUUGAAAUAUUACAACAGACAUUGCAUUUAUUUUCUGUUCAGCUUUAUAGAAAACAUCAAAUGAACAUUAAUGGCUUUGUACUCACAGGGUUAAUUGAUACAUAAGUGAAAUUUUUUUUUAUUAUUGACACUGCUUAAGUUUACUCUCUACAAAUUAUAAGCUUCAAUAAUUUCCUGGUGUCCACCUCUUUAUUUUGGGAAUUUAUGGAAUCCAGUAAUUUUUCUGUUAACAUUAAAAAUAUGGUCCAUCAGAACUUUACAAUAAUAGGAUUGUUUCACAUACCUUAAGUGGCCAGAAGGCUCUUAACACAAGUAGGUGAUACAGACCAUUCAGGAAGCAUGUUUUCUAAGGAAAUAAAUCUCUUGAGAGACCUUGUGAAAGCUAUUUCAUAAGCAAGGCCGUGGUAGAGCCCAUUAAUGUUGCCUUGGAGAGGAAAAGCGUUUUACUGGCUCACUUGAGGUAACAGCCCCGUAGGUCAGAUGACAACAUGUCAGACAAGAAAUCACACAGAGGAGUUGCAUUGAAUCCAUUGUCACCAGGUUUGAGCAGAAGUCAAAAAAGUGCUUCAUAACUAGAAAAAAAGGUGUAAAGUCAGUGAAAAGGCAUCUAAUAAAUUCAUGGACAAAGUAACACCAUAUGUAAUUCUUUAUUCUGCAAAAGUCCUAUUACCUUGGUAUGUACUGAAUAUAUGAUUGAUGGAAUAAAUGCAAAUGCAUAGACAUUGAUUUAGA